UGAGAUAUGGAGUUGACUCAUUUUAUCCAGACAGUCACAAAGAAACAACGUCAGCAAGCAAGCGAGGAGAGAAGACGUCAGGGUUUACUAUGGAGGCCAUCACAGACUUCCAGAAGAUUGCUGUUGGUCUGAUGGGAUUCGGUUUAUUUUUUCUGCUCUUUGGCGUGCUGCUGUACUUCGACUCUGUCUUGUUGGCCAUUGGAAAUAUCAUGUUCCUGACUGGUUUGACGUUCAUAAUCGGCAUCAGGAGAACAGCCCAUUUCUUCUUUCAAAGACAAAAGUUUCGAGCUUCCUUUUUCUUCCUGGGUGGCGUGGCUCUAGUAGUGUGCCGUUGGCCAGUCAUUGGGAUGCUGGUGGAGACUUAUGGCUUUGUCCUUCUUUUCAGGUCUUUCUUUCCCGUGGCUUUGGGAUUUGUGCUGUCAGCUGUGAAUAUCCCUUUCCUCAAUUCAUUUUUCUCCAGCAGCUCCUCCAUGGUCUGAGCAGAGGAACAGGUUGCAGCAGUGAAGGAACGACUGUAAUGAUCAGAUACUGGCCAGACAAACAGGAGACCUGAUGAGGAACACUUUAUUAGCUAUACUGUUUUUGUCAUUUAUUUUUUGACCUGCAAAAAAUGUAUUUUAUUGUUUUUUUACAAUUACCUGUAUCAUAAUGCAAGGUUACAGUUAAUGAACAAGAAGCCAUAUUAUAAGCUGAUUAAAGGCUGCUGGAACUGAAAACCUUGCAAACUGAAAAAAUAAAAUAAAAUGUUGUUCAGGAUCUAUUUUCCUUUCUAUCUUUUCUCUCUGUUGUUGUUUCAAAGCAACCAUAGCUUUUUGAUUUGCUGAAUUAAGAAAAAUAAAUGUCAACUAUUUUCUGACA